AUGCCUAACAAACGUAAACAACGAAAAAAUACUCAAACUGCUCUCUGUGAAAAGAACAAUUUACAAUGUAAUUUUAUUCAAGGUUCUAAGCGUGGCCCCAAAAAAGGAAUUCGUAAACGUCGACAAAAACUGCCUGAAACUGAUGCCUCUCUCCAGGUUCAACAAAACUUGACUAAUAAAUAUACGCAGCAAAGCUUUCGUCCCCAUGUUUACACCCUCCCUCAACAAACCUCGGUUGUUCAACCAAACUUGACUAAUAUCAAUUUCUACAAUGUUCAACCAAACUCCACCAAUACCAAUACCUACAAUUUUCAACAAAAUUCGACCAAUAUCGACACCUACAAUGACAACCAUUAUCAUUUAAAUAUGACUCAACCAAACUCAUCCGAUAUUAACAACCACCACUUUCAUCCAACUUUGACCAAUGCUGUCUAUAUUCUCGAUCCUGCUCAACCACAACCAAACUUUGCUGCUUUCAAUAACUACCAUACCCGAUCAAAUUUAACUUAUAGCCGUAAUAGUUUAGUUGGUAACCACUGUACCUGGCAAAUACCUGAUCAAACAUUUUGUCAACAAAUGAUAUAUGGUGAUUAUCUUUAUUAUGAUAGAAAACAAGAUAAUUUGCUAGUUCAUGGCGGAUCUUACAGUUUUGAAUCACCAACCGACAACAAAUUUAUAAUGAGUCAAUUGGCGACUAGGCCAAUUGACAAAA